AUUUAUUUUUUGUCAUCCCUUUAAAAAUCGAGUCGAAUCCUAGGAAAACGGGUUGAAGCUCAAUCAAAAAACCCUAAUCAGUUAAUUGUUCCAAAAGUGAAAAAUGGGAAAGAAUUCAAAUUCGAAACAAGGUGAUAUUCACGGUGCAGCUCGAUCAGGCGAUAUAGUUUCCGUACAAACUAUUAUUAACUCUAAUCCCUUAUCUGUUAAUUCCAGAGAUAAACACUCCAGAACACCACUACAUUUAGCAGCAUUUGCUGGGCAGACACAGGUAGUGAAUCUCCUUUGCAAGAACAAAAUGGUAGAUGUUGGUGCAGCAGCCAUGGAUGACAUGGGUGCAAUUCACUUUGCUGCUCAAAAAGGUCACCUAGAAGUAGUCCGGACACUUGUAUCAUCCGGGGUCUCUGUGAAAUCCGCAAAUCGUAAGGGCAUGACUCCACUUCAUUAUGCUGUGCAGGGAUCCCACCUUGAUCUCAUCAAAUAUUUGGUUAAAAAAGGUGCAAACAUUAGUAUAAAAAAUAAAGCUGGAAAAAGCCCUCUUGACUUUGCAAGCAAUGAAGAAAUCCGUUCAUUGUUGAAUUCUCCAAGUGAACCGAAAGAAACAGCUAAGAAGGAAACUGGCUCAAAGACGGAAGAAGGUCAACCGAUAGCGGUUUCUGAAGGCCAAAGGGAAGUGGAUGCUGAAGGUCAAACAAAGGCUUCUGAAAAUGAAGAUGACGGAAAACAGAAAGAUGAGUCAAAUAAGAGGAAGGUUGAUGAUGUUACUGAUGAGUUGAUGGUUGAAACAAAGAAGACAAAAGUUGCUCUUAACCAUCUUCUAACAUCAGAUGACACACAAGAAGAGGAGGAUUGAAAGGGAUGUUCUUUGUAGUCGUAUAAUGUGAGUAACAUAUGUUGAACUUUUAGAUUUCAGAGGCCAGUAUUGUUAGGUUAGUGUAGUAGUCAAAUUGUGGAAUUUUUUUUUGGGAGUUUGGACAACGAUAAAAUGUGGGUAAUUUGUUAGACUUAUUGGCAGAUGGAUAGUUAAGAUAAACAUAGAGAAUGAGUGAUUGAGUGGAAUUUAUUUGUUAAUAUUUGAAGACACGUUUUUAGGCUCCAAAA